AUGCCCGAAGGCGCAGUAACAGAUGAAUUUGCGAUGGCGUCCCUCAACGCCGCCAAGCAACAACUUCGGACGGCUAUGAAGCACAAGCUCCAGGCCAUGACUCCCGAGUCUGUUCUCUCACAGAGCUUGGUCGUGUUCAACAAGCUCAAAACCUUUCCGCCUUUUGUCAAGGCCAAACGAGUCAGUGUCUUUCUGUCCAUGCCAGGCGGCGAAAUUCAGACAGACGCCAUCGUCAGACACGCUUUAGCCUCCGGAAAGGAAGUUUUCGUGCCCUACCUUCAUAAAAACCCAGCCACAUCUCCAGCUCUUCCCGUGCGGGUCAUGGAUAUGGUGCGUCUUAAAGACUUGGCAGAUUAUGAAGGCCUGACGCCAGACAGAUGGGGCAUCCCAAGCAUCAACCCAGCCACCGUACACGAGAGACAGAGAGUCUUUGGUGGCCCGGACGCCCAGCACUCGCAAAGCACUCUGCUCGACCUCAUUCUCAUGCCGGGGGUUGCAUUUGACAUCGAUCCUAACAACGGCGCCAUCAGGCGGCUUGGGCAUGGCAAAGGGUUUUAUGACUACUUCUUGAGCCGACACAGCGCAAAGUCGGCUGAGCUAGGGCAACAAGAGUCUCCUGUAUUGCUAUAUGGCUUAGCCCUGUCUGAACAGUUCCUGUCUCCGUCCGAGGGGGCAGUACCUGUUGGUCCUUUUGAUCAACCUCUGGACGGGCUCAUUCUCGGGAAUGGCGAGAUCAAAAGCCCUCCAGCUGCAAAAUAA